UAUAUGCUUCAGAUCUCUUUAAAUUAUGUUGUUAGACCUUUCUUAAAACUUUUAACAGAAGAAGCAUCUAUUGGGCUUUUAUUUAGAACAUCCUGCGCUGGAAACUCUGUCUCUUCACAGCUGAAUAUUUUAGAACAUGAUGACUGAAGGUGUGUUUGACAGGAGGCGCGAAGGUGCACGGUCUGUAAUUCUGAACAAGCUUCCUCAUUUCUCCAAUAAUGUUGAAGAAGUAAAAGAUUGGAUGGACAUUUUCUUGCAGAAUGCUGUCAAUGCUGAGAAAAAGGAAGAAGAACUGAACGAAAUUAAAAAACAAAUGCAAAAAAUUGAAGAAGAAGUCAAGAAAUUAUCUGCAAGCAACAUAAUGAUAAAAGAGGAAUCUGAAGAUUUAAAGACAAAAUUUAAACACAAGUGUGACACGUAUAAUGAUAUGUCCAGACUAUGGACCCAUAUAAAUUACGUGCAGAUUAGAUUGAAAGACUUACAACAGCACAUGGAAAAGUUGGAAGAGGAAAACAGUGGUCUUAGAAUGGAGCAGAGUGCACUGUUUCAGAAGCUAGAGGAAGCAUAUGCACUUCGUAUGGUAAAAGUUCUUGAGUCAGCAGAACCAAAUGAGUUAUUGACAGUAAUCCACAGAACAAAUGACUGCUGGCGAGGCUUGAGGAAGACACUACAUGAAUUUGAAAUGCAUAUGGGCUUUAAACCAUUAAGAGCUUCAGCCCUGAGCAUGGAAGACAUUAACUUGUCAGAUAUGGACUGUGUAGUUGCUGAACAAAACAAUGAGUCUAAACAGAAGCUGAAAGAACAGAAUAGAAAGGAAACUCACAGCUUAAGCUUUGCCCCUGUGGAAUAUCUACUUAGUCCUACUUACAAAUCUACGGAUGUGAGUGCAAUGCAGGAAGCAGGAAACUAUUUGAGAGGUGAUCAUGAACAGUUUAAACCUAUAGCACAUCAUCAAAAAGAACAGGCAAUUGAAGAACAGAAGGAGGAAACUGGAUCAGGAGACUUAGAAGAUGAAUUGGAGAAAGACACAGCUAAGCUUUUGAGAAAUAAUGAUAAGGAAAAAACAGUUAAACUAACCAAAAGUCAACAAAAAGAACAGACGAGGAAGGAAAAGAAGAAAGAAAAACUGGAACCAAGGAAGUUGGGAAAUAAAGCAAAAGAAGACAGAGAGCUUCCAUCUGAGAGCAAGCUUACAGGAUUCGAAAAAUGCAGUUCCUGUGGGCACAAAAUCCCAAAUUUGUAUGCCCACAGGGACUGUGUUUGCUGUUUAAGAGCAGCACACCUUAAUAUAAACUGCACUGUUUUUGCUGCAUUCAACUGA